CGGCUGCGCGGCGCCCGCCCUCCUUCAGCCCGAGCGGCUCUCCCGAGGCUGCUGAGGCGGCGCCCGGUGCCGAGGUCGCGGUCCCCGCUCCAGCCGCGGCUCGCGGGCCCGUGCCGGCCCCGGUCCCCGGCGCGGCCGUCCGAGGCCCUGCGGCGGCGGGCGAUGGUGCGGCGGAGCGCGCGGACGCGGGCGGCGCGGCGGCGGGCAUGAAGGAGGAUGGAAGGGCAGGACGAGGUGUCGGCGCGGGAGCAGCACUUCCACAGCCAAGUGCGGGAGUCCACGAUUUGUUUCCUUCUUUUUGCUGUUCUCUACGUUGUUUCCUACUUCAUCAUCACAAGAUACAAGAGGAAAUCAGGCUGGAGAGCAAUGGGGCAAUCAUGGCUUACUGUAGCUUUGACCUCAUAGGCUCAAGUGAUCCUCCAACCUCAGCCUCCUGAGUAGCCUGGACUACAGAUGAACAAGAAGAUGAAGAUGCCAUUGUCAACAGGAUUUCGUUGUUUUUGAGCACGUUCACUCUUGCAGUGUCAGCUGGGGCUGUUUUGCUUUUACCCUUCUCAAUUAUCAGCAAUGAAAUCCUGCUUUCUUUUCCUCAAAACUACUAUAUUCAGUGGCUAAAUGGCUCCCUGAUUCAUGGUUUGUGGAAUCUUGCUUCCCUUUUUUCCAACCUUUGUUUAUUUGUAUUGAUGCCCUUUGCCUUUUUCUUUCUGGAAUCAGAAGGCUUUGCUGGCCUGAAAAAAGAGGACAAGAUGUCCAGGCAAAACCUUGUUUAAAUGUUCAUCACCAUAGAAACAUACCAGCUUCUCCAUAGAGCUUUUGGAAUCCGAGCCCGCAUUUUAGAGACUCUGGUCAUGCUGCUGCUUCUUGCAUUACUCAUUUUUGGGAUAGUGUGGGUGGCUUCAGCGCUCAUUGACAAUGACGCAGCAAGCAUGGAAUCUUUAUACGAUCUCUGGGAGUUCUAUCUACCCUAUUUAUAUUCCUGUAUAUCAUUGAUGGGAUGUUUGUUACUUCUCUUAUGUACACCAGUUGGCCUUUCCCGUAUGUUCACAGUGAUGGGUCAGUUGCUAGUGAAGCCAACAAUUCUUGAAGACCUGGAUGAACAAAUUUAUAUUAUUACCUUAGAGGAAGAAGCACUCCAGAGACGACUAAAUGGGCUAUCUUCAUCGGUGGAAUACAACAUAAUGGAGUUGGAACAAGAACUUGAAAAUGUGAAGACUCUUAAGACAAAAUUAGAGAGGCGAAAAAAGGCUUCAGCAUGGGAACGAAAUUUGGUGUAUCCUGCUGUUAUGGUUCUCCUUCUUAUUGAGACAUCCAUCUCGGUCCUCUUGGUGGCUUGUAAUAUUCUUUGCCUAUUGGUUGAUGAAACAGCAAUGCCAAAAGGAACAAGGGGGCCUGGAAUAGGAAAUGCAUCUCUUUCUACGUUUGGUUUUGUGGGAGCUGCACUUGAAAUCAUUUUAAUUUUCUAUCUUAUGGUGUCCUCUGUUGUCGGUUUCUAUAGCCUUCGAUUUUUUGGAAACUUUACUCCCAAGAAAGAUGACACAACUAUGACAAAGAUCAUUGGAAAUUGUGUGUCUAUCUUGGUCUUGAGCUCUGCUCUGCCUGUGAUGUCAAGAACACUGGGAAUCACUAGAUUUGAUCUACUUGGAGACUUUGGAAGGUUUAAUUGGCUGGGAAAUUUCUAUAUUGUGUUAUCCUACAAUUUGCUUUUUGCUAUUGUGACAACAUUGUGUCUGGUCCGAAAAUUCACCUCUGCAGUUCGAGAAGAACUUUUCAAGGCCCUAGGGCUUCAUAAACUUCACUUAUCAAAUACUUCAAGGGACUCAGAAACAGCCAAGCCUUCUGUAAAUGGGCAUCAGAAAGCACUGUGAGACGCACAGCCGGCGUCUUCUGCAACUGAGAGACUCGAGAGCUCCAGACUCGUGACAUCCCUGUCCCGUGCGGAAGCAUUUCCACUCCCACCUUGACUCCUCUUCAGAACCUAGACCUAUCGGUGCCAUUUUUUUUUUUUCAUAAUCUACGAAGAACUUGGCCAUGGCUGGUCUUUUUUAAAUUUCCCUUUCUGAUAGACCCUGUAGUUUUCAGUUAAACACGGAUUCCUUAGACAUACAGACAGCACAUUCUUGUGUAGACAUUUACUCAUAUUGGUAAAUACAGUCAUCCCUGUGAAAACACCGUUUUCACCUGAUAUGACAUUGUUAGAAAAGGCAAACUCUGGGACUUUCUAAAGAUUUCCUUAAAUCCCAUCAUAUAUUUUAUUCAGAAGGUAGACGCCUACCUGAAAUGUAUCCUUGGUACUAAGUGAAGGCUGUUCAGAAAAUGCAUUUUUCAAAUGCGAUAGGAACUGCUUGUAGAUAUCAUGAUUGCAGUGUGUGUGUUGGAAUGGUAAUGGUGGCAAUUAUGUUUUUUAUUUCCUUAAAAGCAAAAGGCAUAAUUUCUGAUUUCUGUUACAGAACGAUAUUGAUUAGACUUUGAGCCAAGGGGAAAAUACGAAAUUCUUUUAAACCUGGAGCCUUAGAGAGCCACAGGACUAUCUUCUGUUGUACAGUCUAAUAAGCUAUGGUAGGGAGUAUCAUGUAAUCAUAGUUGAAUGACAGUUUAUGUAUAUAAUUCAGUAUUACCUCUGAUAACAUAGUUGCCAGUGUUUAAUACACUUGUAACUUGCAUUUUUGCCUUAUAGGCUCUAUGUAUACUCAGUUUUUUAAAGCAUUUUUUUCAAAGAUCACUUGAUUCCCCAUGCUUCUGUAAUGCUUAUGGAAAUUACAAAUGCCAAGUGCUAGAAACACCUUCUCUCCUCAUAGUCCUCAGGCUUGGUUACUUUUGCAUACGCCUUUUGAAGCCUCCAAGUUUUUGCAGUUAACAUCCAAAGUUCACAGCAUCAGCAUUCAUGGUGGAAGAAUAGUUUUGCCAUAUAACAUGAUCAAUCAGUUAUUAAAUUGUAAAUAAUUUUUGGGAUGGUUUCUUGGCUUAUGUCUACUGAAUAAAAACUAUGAACUUACACUCUGUGUUAACCAUCCACUAGGAUAGAAUACCGAAAACUCUGCAUGCAAAAUAGAAGAUGGGCCCAUUUGCACACAAUUCAUAGUUACGCAAUCUAUAGAAAUAUGUUCACAUGCACUAUGUGUAUGAAAUAGAUUGUCUGUGUUCAGACAAAAGGAAAACUUUUUUUCAAAUUGUUAAAUGUAAAGGUUUUCUGGGAGAAAUUUUUGAAAAACAAGCUGUCUAUUUGACAUCAGAAAUUUCCACUUAAACCAAAAUAAGAAACUUAAAUCUGUAUAUUUAUAAACUUCAUUGAGUACACACACUCCCCCUCAUUUAUCCCUCUGCAUUUCCUUCCGAGCUUCACAUCUAUCUAAAAUGCAGCUUGGUUUUAAAACAAAAGAACGUUCAUUUUGUGAUUCUAAACAAUGUUCAGUAAAUACCACCAGUAGAGUACUGGUGAAUUUCUCAGCAUAAUAUCGACAUACCUAGAAAGUUAAUAAAAUUCAGCUCUUUUCCAAUUUCAUUGAUAAUUCUGCCUAUUGGAGCAUUAAUUGCAGGGUCUAAUUUUUAGUGAAACUUGGAAUCCAUACUUUGAGCAGACCAAGUCAAGGGAAGAACAGAAAGGAACUCAGGAGUAGAGUAAUAUCACUUUUAACUACCCACCGUCAGGGCACGUCCAAAGAGCUCCUAGAUACUUGUAAAAUGUCUGAAAAUUUUUAAGUGAAAUAUUAAACUUUUCAAUGUCUGUUGCAACUAUUUGUUCAUUUGGAAGUUUCUUUCCAUCUGAGGACCUAAGCCAGUCUGGCGUUUGUAAGCCUAGUGCAAGUGAAUCACCAAGUUUUACACUUACUGGACGCGUCCUCACUGCUGUGGAAGCAAAGGACGCACAUCAGGGGUGGAAGGGCAGUUUUUAACCUGGGGACUCAGAGGCCUUUUAGAACACGUACAGACUGUCACAGACGCGGACUGCCCUGGAAUCACAGCUCCUCGAGGCGCUCCUAGUCACAUGCCCAGGCAUCUGCCUCUUGAGAGAUUCACUCCAAAUGCAGGUGCUUCCAGUGGGCCUAGGUUGGAGGCUGCUCUAUAUGACAGACUCCAGAAAUGGACGGCAGGAUACGGAGGUCAAACACUCUGCGUCCUGGGAAGGAUAGUCACCCUGGGGUCUUCAUUCUCCUACGGUUCCUGUGCACCAGUGAAAGGAAGUAGAUAGACCCUGGAAGGCCAGAGCUCCAAAUGCUCAGAAUCAGAUUCACUCUGGAACUAUACUUUUGUUUCUAACCAGUGACUGCAUUAAAUCAGGCAGUCCUUUUAUUCUCUUUCCUUUAGUCUCUUAAAGGGCAUUAGGCACUAUGGUCCCCGAGUUGCUUGGGGAAACUUAGCAGAUUAUUAUUGAUUGGUUCUACAAUACUUAAAUAAAUUAUUUUACAAUGAUAAGUUUUCUGAUUAUAACAUUUGUAUUAAUUUUUACUGAUUUUCCAAGAUACUUCUUAGAUUUACUAUUUAUGUAGCUUUGUGUACAUUCUCUGUAAACAUAGACCUCUAAGACACUUCACGUGAAAAUUGUACACACUCAUCAUACACUAAUGUUAGCUCCUUAAAUUGCCACACUCAGGUGCUGCUGCGUGGAGACGGAUGGAGCCUCUGGCAUUUUGGUCUCAGGCGCAUUAAAGGCACGCGUGUGCCUGUUCUGGGCGGCAGCGUGGCCUCCCCACACUCUGCUGGUUGCCUGUGGCCCUCUCUGCAACCUCAGUGAUGCCCUCAUCUGCCAGGGACACAGGUUUUCAUCGUUGGUAGGCCCUUACCUGCUUGUUUUGUGGGUAGCACAUUAUUUAAUGCAUAAAGGUAGAAUUCUUACAAGCUUGUUUAAAAAAUGUGAACAUGGAUACAGCACUGACUUUUUAAACUUGAAAAAACUGGUAUAAUGUUAAUUUUUUUAAAUAACAUUUGGACAUACUAGUUAUUUUUGUUUACAGAUUGUCUUGUUUACGAAUUGUUAGUCUUUGCUUCUAUGAGAACUUUCAGUGUGACUUUUAAAAUGUCUUAGAAAUUAAAGUUUUACAAAAAGUGAUUUCCUAUUUGGUUUACAAGCAUGUCUAUGUGGGGUUUGUGGUUUUGUUUUUUCCAUCUUAAAUGCCGUCAUGGCUAAAACUGAAGGGUAUUUAUAGGCUACUUCCACUUCAGUUUUAUAGAGGGCAGCAAUUAUUCUGAUGAAUGCUGAAUUAAGGAAGAAAUGGAUAUUUUCUUUCUCUGUUGUGGAGUUAUUGGUAGAUCAAUUUCUUAUAACCCAAAAUGUAGUAUCAGUAAUUGACAGCAUGUAUUUUAUUUAAUUAUUUGAAUUAUUUAGGCUUGUUUGAUUUCUCUAAUUUUUUUCCAUAAAAGGACUGAGCAGCACUACUUCUGGUUUGGGCAGCUUCACCCAGAGUUCUUGGAGGAGUAAAUGCUGUUAGCACCUGGUUAAUUCACCGGCAGGUAGAAGCAUAUGCACCAGUGGCUUUCAACUUUUUGACCACAGUAAGAAGUAACCCAUUACACACACACACACACACACACACACACACACACACUCACACACACAUACGUUCUCUCCCUCUGUCUCUCUCAGAUACAUAUAAGCAAAAAUUUAACAAGACAGUACCCGUUUUUCCUAUGUGUGCAUGCUGGCAUCUUCUGUUUUAUUGUUAUUUUUAAAAAUAGUAGACACAGACCACUAAGUUAUUUUCUGACCUCCUCAUAGAUGGUGAACCUCAGUUUGAAAAGCAUACCUUUGGAAUGUGGUUUGAAAGAAGAAAUAAUACAAAGACCUUUUUGGAGUAUUUUUUUUUUGGCUUUUGAAUAUUGUUUAGGUAAAAAUUAUUGCUAUAAAUGUCACUGAUGCAAAAGUACUGUGUAUGCAAAUUACUUGUUGUAGUGUAGAAAAUGUAGUAUCAGUAGAAGUUCCUAAAAUUCACAAAUACAGGUUAAAAAAUUUCCAGACUUGUGACUGAUCCAUAUGUCUUGAAGGAGUAUUAGGCAAUAAACUUACCUUUUCAA